CUUAAUUAAGGCCUUAAUCACACUCUAUUUAAGCACCCCCUUUCUAUUACAUCUCCAGCAUUGAUAUUUUUUUGCUUUCGUUUUCUUCCAAUCCAGUCCAAUCCAAGUAAUUGAUUAUUAGUGAUGGCGAGGUCGCCAAGUUCUGAUGAGAGUGGGAUUAAGAAGGGGCCCUGGACGCCGGAGGAGGAUCGAAAGCUUGUCGAUUACAUUCAGAAAAACGGCCACGGAAGCUGGAGAGCACUACCAAGGCUUGCAGGUUUGAAUCGAUGUGGAAAGAGUUGUCGUCUUCGAUGGACGAACUAUUUAAGACCUGAUAUCAAGAGAGGACGAUUCUCUGAAGAAGAAGAACAAAUGAUCAUCAACCUCCACGCAGUUCUCGGAAACAAAUGGUCCGCGAUCGCAACGCGUCUUCCGGGGAGGACCGAUAAUGAGAUCAAGAACUUUUGGAAUACCCAUCUGAAGAAGAAGCUUUUACAAAUGGGAAUUGAUCCAGUCACUCACAAGCCAAGAACUGAUCUCAAUAUUCUUGCAAAUCUUCCACAGUUACUUGCAGCUGCAAACUUGAGCAACUUCAUGAACGUUCCUUUGGAUAAUGCGUGGAGGUUACAGUCCGACGCGACACAGCUCGCUAAAAUCCAGUUGUUGCAUAACAUUCUUCAAGUUCUAAGUGUUAGUCCUCCUACGAACUUGGAAGCUCUCAAUCUUCUCGGCUCAUCUAUACGCGAAAAUCAGAUAAGCGAGUUGCUUAGGAUGAAUUAUUCUCAGUUCGAAGCAAAUGGUAAUGGCCUUUUCGGUUUCGCUCCACAAGAACAGAAUCAAAUUCUUUCAAAUUUAGGUAGCAUGGAAGCUCUUCCACCACAAGCUGUUGGUAAUUCUUCAUAUGAGAAUCCAAUUACUUCUAAUCAACUACCGUCAUUAGUUUCAGCCUCGCCGCAAGAGUGUUCAGCAGUGAACCAAACGGAAACGAAGAUGAACCCAAAUAACAUUUCUUAUCCUUCAUCAACUUCAACCACGUUUGAAGCUUUGGGAGAACUUAUGGACGAUGAAGCUUGGAAAGAGUUGAUAGAGCAAGCAUCUUCACAGCCAUGGCCAAAUUCAGAGUUAUAAAUAUAAAUAUACAUAUAAGGAUUUGUAUUUGUAUAAAAACAGAGUUUGUUAAAUUAUACAUGAGUUUGUUUAUAGUUUAUUUAAAUAGAGGUAACAUAUUGUAUAAUAAUAAUGA